UCGACUUUGCCCUACAUGGUGGAGGGGCGGGAGCUGACUUUGCUCUUUCUGGGGAUAGUCAUCCUGGUGGGGACUUGGGCAGAGCACAGGGUCUGUCUAGAAUGUGCUGGGACUGUGACAGAACCAGCCUCAUGGGCUUCCCCAGCAAGAGGUGGCAGCUGGGUGCCAGGACGCUCUUUCUGCCUCUUGCCUUGGUCAUAUUUACUUCUCUCACCAUCCCAGGUCCAGGCUCCAAAACUUCUCCCUGUCUCCUGGUUUCUGUGUGGGCCCAGAAGAUGUGUGUCCUCCAACUUCAAGGCUUCAGACCUCCAGGUUCAGGUGACCAGAGAGCCGCAGAAGAAGCCAGGCCCCAGCCAGCCAUUGCUGUUUGGAAAGACAUUCACAGACCACAUGCUGAUGGUGGAGUGGACCAAGAAGACAGGCUGGAGCCGGCCAAGGAUCCAGCCCUUCCAGAACCUCACGCUGCACCCAGCCUGUUCGGCCCUGCACUACUCUCUGCAGCUCUUUGAGGGCCUGAAGGCGUACAAAGGCAGGGACCAGCAGGUACGCCUUUUCCGGCCGUGGCUCAACAUGGACAGGAUGCUACGUUCUGCAAGGCGCCUCUGCUUGCCAGACUUUGACAAGCAGGAGCUGUUGGAGUGCAUCCGCCGGCUCAUUGAAGUGGACAAAGACUGGGUUCCCGAUGGCCAUGGAAGCAGCCUCUACGUGCGGCCGGUGCUGAUCGGGAAUGAGCCCUCGCUGGGUGUCGGCCUGGUCACACAAGCCCUCCUGUUUGUCAUUCUUUGCCCGGUGGGCUCCUACUUCCCUGGAGACUCCAUGACCCCUGUCUCCCUCCUGGCUGACCCCACGUUCAUCAGAGCCUGGAUGGGUGGGGUCGGCGACUACAAGGUCGGGGGGAAUUAUGGGCCCACUGUGGCCCUGCAGCAAGAAGCCCAGAAGAAGGGCUGCGAGCAAGUCCUCUGGCUGUAUGGGCCAGACCACCAGCUCACGGAGGUGGGCACCAUGAACAUCUUCGUCUACUGGACUCACGAGGACGGGGUACUGGAGCUGGCAACACCCCCACUGGAUGGCAUCAUCCUGCCUGGAGUGGUUCGCCAAAGCCUGCUGGACCUGGCUAGGACCUGGGGUGAGUUCCGCGUGGCAGAGCGCAAGGUCACCAUGAAGGAACUGAAGCGGGCGCUGGAGGAGGGCCGCGUGCGGGAAGUCUUUGGCUCAGGCACCGCUUGUCAGGUCUGCCCAGUGCAUCAAAUCCUGUACGAAGGCAAGCAACUCCACAUUCCCACCAUGGAGAACGGGCCAGAGCUCAUCCUGCGCUUCCAGAAGGAGUUGAAGGCUAUUCAGGUGAGCUUGGGAUUGGCAACUCUGAUAAUGGGUCCUACCCCCUCCCCCAAUGCCUGUGGCCCCAAUGCACGGGCAUUUUCCGUACUUCAGGAGUCGUAGGCCCCUUUCCUCGAGUCUCUGUGGCUCUGGGUCCUGAAGAGAGAACCUCUGUUUUCGUGAGCCUUGGGGCCAUUGGCCACAAAAAAUGAGCCUCCCACGACUCCUUGGGGCCAUGGACUGUCCCUUUGGCGUGACAAGCCUUCCUCCCAAAAGUCUCUGGAGCAUUCCCAUUCUUGUGAGCUAAAAGAACUUCCAGAAGACCUCUGGGCUCAUUUCCCGGUGAGCUGGACCCGAGGUGACUGGGUAUCCUGGCCCCUUGUUGGCGCCUAGCACUCCCUAUUUAGCUGAAAAUGCCUUUUCCCUAGCGCCUUCAAGGCUGUGCAACUCCCUGCCUUGCUGUCCUUCUGGACUUGUGGGCGGGCCUUCGGGUCUAGGACUACACUUCCCAUAAGGCACUGGGGCUCAGCUCUGUGAGCUGUAAGUUGCGACGUUCCGGGGCCUGCUGGGAGUUAUAGUGCAGCUGCCUAAAAGCAGCAACUCGGUUGU